AUGUCUCAUUGGAAGAGAGGGCGGCUAGCUUUAGGACUUCUGAGGCUUGGGCCCAGCAACAGUCCUUUCGCAAAUCACUUCCAACGUUUGGCCGAUGCCGAUCACAUAAUAUGGGUGAUUUGUCCGGACCACAGACGUAAACCCAAGAACCUCACUAGAAACCCAUAUCCAGUCAGUGCUGGACAGGUUGAUCAUCUCACUUCUUGGAGUUUGGACUCCGCGCAGCAAGUCUUCUUUAAGAGUAUUGGUUGGCAGACCAAAGUAGCUUUGUCGGGAUUGCAGGCACCCGCGAAACGACUUCUUGGAACUGAGAACCCAAUAUGUUGUGGCUACUCCUGCAUCAGCCUUUUGGCAGAUUCGCGCUUCAUUGCAUUGAAUCUGCCUGGUUCCUGA